AUGAAGGCUUCCAUUGUACUCGUCUCCUUCCUCGGCUUGGUUUCCGGCAUGGUACUCCCCGGCAUCCGUCUCAGUCCCAGCGGUGCUAAGCCGCAGUCCCGGUCCCUCUUCAGGCGUGACGACAAGUUGGACUACCGUUAUGCUCCACAGGCGUGCCGUGCCAUCCUCACCACAUGCCGAGUCUCGUCAGACUGCUGCUCGGGAAUGAAGUGCGUGAGCGCUGAUGGCGAGUCCGUCUGCACUCCUAGCGACUAA